UCAGAGUUGGAGGCAAAUACAUAUAUUAGAAGGUAAGGUAGGUUAACAUCGGCGUGUCGGGGGACAAGGUACGUACCGUUUCAACCCGCUAAGAAAGCCGAAGCCAAUCGGAGAUUUUAGUUCAGAAUUCAGAUGGAGGUACCUUGUCACUUCCCAUGUCCCAUUAGGUACCUAGUCCCCAUUUAGCAGCCAAAAUUUGGAAGAAGCUGUUGCGGUUUUGCGACCUUCUCUCAAGUUACCACCAAAUUCCCCAAAUCGCAACAGAAAAAAAGAGAAAAAAAAAAAACGAGAAAGCGUCUCAAUUGCGAUUUUCUCUUUGGGGGGAUGGCGUUAAACACGAGAUAUAUCGAGCUCGCCAAGCAGCUGCACCCGCGACUGCAGCGCUUCUUCGCCAAGUACCCCCCGAACCAGAUCCUCCCGGCCUCGACGAGGACGAACACGAUCAAGGACGGCGCUACCCCGAACCCUUUCCUGCCCCAUAAGCACCCCGUGACCGGGAAAUGGCACGACCCGGAGUACUCCCUGAGACGGCAGGCGGAGCUCGUGAAGCUGGCGAGGGAGCACGGGGUGGAAGAGCUGCUGCCGUUCACAUCUAAGGGCACGGAACAGCGCAUACGGCACAGAGUUGCGCAUGGUCUCAGGGUUCGCGGUACGGGUGUUGGACAGACCGUCAAGGGUCACUUAUACGAAAGAAUGCUAGCUGCCAAGAUGGAGAAGAGGAGAACGGCUAUGCUUGGUAUGCCGAGGCUUGUCAGGGAAUGGCGGAAGAUCGGGAAGAACAGGUGGACCAAAUAUCCACGGUAAACAAUCAUGUCAUGACUUACGACUCGAGACAAGAAAAAAAAAGAAAGAAAAAA